GUCUGUGCACUCGCCUGGCUUUCUCUGUGUGACCUGCCUCUCCGGAACCCCGCUGCCGUCUGUCUGGUGACAGGUCACAUACUCCUCUGGUUAGUGACUCUGGGCAGGUGGCGGAUCCCACCCCAGGCCCUUGUCUCCCACCUCCAAGCGGAGCUCAGCUGCCACCCCCAGAAGUCCCAUAGAUCACCUGGUGCACACGGGAUGGAUUCCUGAGGAUGACGCAGAACAGCAGGCUCCCGGGAGUCAGCAUGCCGCGCCGCUGGGCCCCCCUGUUCCUGCUACUGCUCCAGGGCGCAUGGGCCUGCUCAGAUAUCGACUGCUACACUGAUUACUUCCAGACGGUCACCUGUACCAUGGAGACAGUAACCUUCCAGCCCGGCAUGCUCACCCUAACCUGGCGAGACCCAUUUGGAGAGCUGACGGACGAGGUCACCUCCUGCAGCCUCCGCCAGUCCCCCCUCAAUGCCACGCACGCCAUGUACAUGUGUCACAUGGAUGUGUUGUCCUUCGUGGCUGAUGACAGUUUCAUCGUCAACGAGACAGACCCGUCCAGCGGCUACUCCCAGGAGUGUGGCCACUUUGUCCUGGCCGAGAGCAUCAAGCCCUCUCCCCCUUUCAAUGUGACCGUGACCUUCUCGGGACAUUACAACGUCUCCUGGAGCUGCAACGAGGAAGCCUAUACGCUGAAGGGCAAGCUGCAGUACGAGCUGCAGUACAGGCUCCUGGGAGGCCUCUGGGCAUCGAGUCCCGAGAAGAAGCUGAUCUCCGUGGACGUGAGAAGCGUCUCCCUCCAGCCUGUGGAAUUCCACCAGGGAUCCAGAUACGAGCUGCAGGUGCGGGCAGGGCCCCAGCCCGGCUCAAUCUUCCAGGGGACCUGGAGCGAGUGGAGUGACCCCGUCGUCAUUCAGAUCCAGUCGGAAGAGAUAAAGAGAUACCUGAUGGCUUGCUUCUUCUUGGUAUUCAUAGCCCUUGCCCUCUUCUUCUUAGUCCAGAAGAACCACCUGCCUGAGAGGCUAUGGAACAAGGUGUGGGUGCAGGUGCCCAGCCCAGAGAGGUUCUUCCAGCCCUUGUACGUGGGCCACAGAGGAGACUUCAAGAAAUGGGUGGGCACACCCUUCACUGCCUCCAGCCUGGAGCUAGGAGCCUGGAGCCCAGGGAUGCCGUCCACCCUGGCGACGUAUCGCCACUGCCCACCACAGAGCAUGACCAAGGGGCCAGAGCACACAGAGCUGCCGAAAACUACAGAGCUGGUAGAAGCCGAUGGGGUGGCAGAGCCGGAUGCCCACGGCCCAUCUGUGCCCCUGGCAGACAGCUUGGGUGGCUCAGCUGACAGCCAGGAGCGGGACCGGCCCUACGGCCUGGUGUCCAUUGACACGGUGACCGUGAUGGGUGCUGAGGAGGCCUGCCUGUGGCCCUGCACCUGUGGGGAUGAUGGCUACCCAGCCCUGAACUUGGACAGCAGCCUGGAGCCUGGUCCAGACACGGAGGACCCUCUCUUGGGCACAGGAACCACAGUCCUGUCCUGUGGCUGUGUCUCAUCAGGGGGCCCUGCUAAGCUGGUGGGUCCCCGGGGCAGCCUUCUCAACAGGUUAACGAUGCCCCUUGAAGAUGAGGCCGGCUGGGCCCCAGGCCCACCCUGGGCUGACCAGCUGACCUCGGGGGUGUCUGACAGUGAGGCCGGCUCACCCCCAGCCGGCAUGGACAUGGACACAUUUGACAGCGGCUUCGCGGGCUCUGACUGCGGCAGCCCCGUGGAGUGUGACUUCACCGGCCCUAGGGACGAAGGGCCCCCCAGGAGCUACGUCCGCCAGUGGGUGGUCAUGGCGCCUCCGCCUUCGGGACUUGUGAAUGAGGCCAGUGAAUGA